CCUUUUCCUGUGAGUGGCUGCAGGGAACGUGGAGCUGAGGCUGGGGCAGCGCGGCAGGUCUGAUCAGUGCUACACCCCCUGCAUCCCCACCAACGGAGCAUGCCACUGCAAAGGUGAGCCCGGUCCGCUCCUCACCCCAGCAGGACGCUUCCUGGCUCUGGGUCUGGUGCCCAGCUACUCACCCUGGGGGAGCUGCAGGCUCCGCGAACCUCAGUGACUGGGAGUGGGAGAGACAAAGUCAGAGCAAAGGAAUUCACACACACAUUCUUCAGCCCUGCCAGGAUUUUACCCAGAAAGAGGAAUACAGGCUGGGUGGGGGCAGGGCACCUGUGGAAAGGUGCAGGGAGCCCUCCUCGCAGGCUGCACUGAGCAUAUGCCUGCUGGUAGCUGUCCUGGGAUGAACUGGAACCCUGACUCAUCUGCUCCAGGGCCAGGAGAAAGCCUGACUGUCCCUAAGCCUCUUGCCUGAGUUUGCCGUUUCCAGCUGAUGAUGAUCUGGCUUGGAAAGCGACAGCACACAGAGAGUGGGACAUCUCUCCAUGACAGGGCUGCCACAGGAUUAAGCAUAUGAGAAAGGCACUGCGGGGACGAAGAACUUUGAUCAUCAGAUUGGAACUUAGGAGCGGAAAGGCUCCGCUCAGCAGAAUGCUGUUGUGACUGCAGCCACUUCCUGUGCAUGCCUCCAUCUGCGGAAGCAGCACCUCUAGGAAUGCGGGGGAAGCUAGGGUGACUGGAAUCCAGAGUGAACUUGGUUGCCUAGAGCUGCACCUUUCUCCCAGGAUGUGCCCAUGCUCCAGCGGCUUUCUCCAGCCCUAUCGCUUCACUGCCCGAACACGAUUGAAAGCUCUGCAUGCUGCCAGCGUGUUCUAGCCUCAUGCAGGCUCCCCUUGCAGAGCCCAGAGCAGCGGACAGCAAUGUGAAAACCAUCCUCAUGUCGUGUCUCAAAGGGCAACAAGUCAUCAUCAAAAUGGAGGCGAUGAAGAUCAUCCACCCAGAGAAGUUCUCGGAACUCCAGGCCUCCCAGCCGCGCUACACCUCAGCGCCCCGCCGGGAGCCCCCCCUCGUGGCCAAGCGCGCCUGGCCAUCAGAGUCCGAGAUCAUUGUCAAUCAGGCUUGCGGGGACAUUCCUGCACUGGACAGUAAUCCUGGCUCUCUGGGGCUGCCCCGGACUCCACCCCUGCCGCGGCGAGAGCGAAUAUACCAAGGGCAGCGCAAGGGCAGCUCGGAGGUCUGUUACCACCGCCAGCCGCCCUCAGAUGAGGUGAUCGUUAACCAGUACGUACUGCACCCCUCCACACCGUGUGAACCCCUCGAGUGCCCCACCUGCGGCCACAUGUACAACUUCACCAACAAGCGGCCCCGCAUCCUCUCCUGCCUGCACUCGGUGUGCGAGGAGUGCCUGCAGAUCCUCUAUGAGUCCUGCCCCAAGUACAAAUUCAUCUCCUGCCCCACCUGCAAGCGGGAAACCGUGCUCUUCACCGACUAUGGGCUGGCCGCGCUGGCAGUGAACACCAGUAUUCUGAACAGACUGCCCGCUGAGGCCCUGGCUACCAACCCCGUGCAGUGGAGCAGUGACACCGACCGCAGCUGCUACCAGACCUUCCGCCAGUACUGCGGCGCAGCCUGCACCUGCCACAUCCGAAAUCCACUGUCUUCCUGCACCAUCAUGUAACCUGUGCACCCCACCCUGCCUAGCUCUGCACCGCCUCCCUGCCACGGGGGCCGGACAGUGUGAGAGAAGACCACGGACCAGUCCCAGGGGAUGACAGGACCGAGUGAGGGUGGCAGGUCUGACUAGCUCCCCUGGCAUUGCAGGUGCUAUACACAUCAUCCCUCUGGCCCAGCUCCCCGCUCCAGCACAGGGCAUCCCCACCUGCUCAGCGCUCAAGUUUAGGUGGGGGCUGCUGGGAACACAGCCCCCUUGGUAAUAUGAAGCCACUGGCUGAGCAGAGGCGCUCCCCUUGGGCCUGGCAGUGCUCCAGAGCAAGGGACAUUCCUAUUCUGCGGCUCACGCUCCCCCUGUGCGUCUGGACAGGUGCCACCCAGCCCGCUGUGCUCACUCCCUGGGCAGCUUGCUUCCUGUUCCCUUCCCCUGGCUCUGUGGUCUGGUCAGGGUGGAGCAGCUCCGCCCAGGCGCGGCCCCACCACUGGCCUGGCUGACCCGCGGCGCUGGCGCCCCCAUGCUGCUCAGCACACUCAUACAGAGGUAACACAGGUGAGGAGCCCAGGAGCUUCCCAGGGCUGAACUGGGCGGCAUGUGAGACCUGAACCUGCCUCCCACAGGGAUGGGAUGGGGAGGUUGCCACACGUCAGUCAGAUCCUCUCUGUGUUAUUUGCCAAAGUUUUCAUCUCGGUGGCCAAGCUGACAUGCAUCAAAGUAACUGCAGCCAAUUAAACCCGUUGCCAUUGGCCUCCCAUUAUUAACGGAUGUAGCCCAUUUCCUUCACAGGCCCUCCAGGAAAACUCCCAUUUGUCCUCGUUUUGGAGGAUCUUUGUUUGCCCAUCCCUGUCUGGUGACGCCCCAUCCUUUGGGUGGUUCGUGUUAAUAAAGGCAUUGAGUUGUGAUCCUUC